UGGCAAACAGUACUACUUGUUUGGUUUUUAAAACUAAAAAGUUAUUCUGCUCAUUGCUCUGAAAAUCUCUCAAAUUUAUCAUCACUGAGCUCUUGCAAAUCCUAUUAUAAAGAAAUUUAUGAUCCUUAGCGCUAGCAAAAUUCAAGACCCACAGGUACAAGUUUAAAUUAAAUUAAGGAGAGGGCGCCGUAGGCAGUGAAUAUGUCGGAAGCAUACAGCAACGUAACUCCAGCAGUCCCUCCAUGGCUAAACAAAGGAGACAACGCAUGGCAAAUGACAGCAUCAGUUUUGGUUGCUACCCAGAGCAUGCCAGGGCUGGUAAUCCUCUACGCUAGCAUCGUCAAGAAAAAAUGGGCCGUUAAUUCUGCUUUCAUGGCUCUUUACGCCUUCGCAGCAGUUCUUAUUUGCUGGGUGCUUCUCUGCUUCCGCAUGGCAUUUGGCGACGAGCUUCUCCCCUUUUGGGGUAAGGGUGCACCAGCUCUAGGCCAAAACUACCUUACAGGUCGAGCAAGAAUCCCUGAAAGUACACAUAAAAACGAACAGGGUCAGAGUGUGACUGUUUCGCCUUACUUCCCCAUGGCAACGCUCGUCUACUUUCAGUUCACUUUUGCGGCUAUUACUCUUAUUUUGCUAGCUGGUUCUGUUCUUGCUCGCAUGAACAUUAAAGCAUGGAUGGCUUUUGUGCCUUUAUGGCUUAUAUUUUCAUAUACUGUUGGUGCUUUUAGUCUUUGGGGUGGGGGAUUUCUUUAUCAAUGGGGUGUUAUUGAUUACUCCGGUGGAUAUGUUAUUCAUCUCUCUUCAGGAAUUGCAGGGUUAACUGCAGCUUAUUGGGUUGGACCAAGGCUAAAAGGCGACAGGGAGAGAUUUCCACCAAAUAACGUGUUGCUUAUGCUUGCUGGUGCUGGGCUGCUGUGGAUGGGCUGGUCAGGUUUCAACGGUGGCGCGCCAUAUGCAGCUCAUAUUGAUGCUUCGAUUGCUAUGUUAAACACUAACAUCAGUGCAGCUACAAGCUUGCUUGUAUGGACAACUCUUGACGUUAUUUUCUUUGGUAAACCAUCGGUGAUCGGAGCUGUUCAGGGCAUGAUGACAGGACUAGCUUGCGUUACUCCAGGAGCAGGGCUUGUUCAAUCUUGGGCGGCUAUAGUGAUGGGAAUCCUAGCUGGAAGCAUUCCAUGGGUGUCUAUGAUGGUGCUCCACAAAAAGUCUACAUUGCUACAAAAGAUCGACGACACAUUAGGUGUUUUUCACACGCACGCGGUGGCUGGACUACUAGGUGGGCUCCUGACAGGACUUCUAGCGGAGCCAGAACUCUGCGCACUCAUACUUCCGAAGAAAACAAGAGGUGCGUUCUAUGGUGGAAAUGGCGGCGUUCAAUUCCUGAAGCAGAUGGCUGGUGCCUGCUUUGUUAUAGCAUGGAACGUAACGUCUACAACAAUAAUCCUUCUGACUAUAAGGUUGUUCAUACCCUUAAGGAUGCCCGAGGAGCAGCUGGUAAUUGGAGACGAUGCUGUUCAUGGCGAGGAAGCUUAUGCUCUUUGGGGGGAUGGAGAGAAAUAUGACCCAACUAAGCAUGGGGAGGAAAUUGCACCUUCUCCUUAUGGAAAUGGUGCAAGAGGUGUUACCAUCAACUUGUGAUAUUAAAAUUUAUUGGCUCAGUGAUUGUCUUAUAAUGCAGAAAGUUUACUGUCAAUUUGUGAUUUUUAAAUUUUCCUGCUGCUAAGUGUUUCACGAAUAUGUUGAAUUCGUUAGAUUAGCGUGGCUAAGUGUUUUGCCUUCCUUCUAGUACAUAAAGUGAGUUUAAAUCGUGAAUCUCCUUUUCUUUUUUUGUUAAUUUUUUUUUUUUUCUAAUUUCUAAAGAAAAAAAGUCACUUGGUAAGUGCGUUGUAUUCAUGUGUAAAUUAUAUUUUAGGCAAAGUCAAAUUAAUAAGAACCAGUAGUAUAUUGUUGUGAUA